AUGGCCGAAGGUAUUUCUUCCAGGUCGGCUAUCCGACCUCCUUUUCCCCCGGUCUCUUCUCAAGCUCCCAGAUCGAGCUCCCGACGUAGCAAGUCGUCUCGGCCCUCUAGCCACAGCAGAUCGAGCUCGGCUCGCCAGUCCUCUCAAGCCCCCCGGCCUCGACGCUCUUCUACUGAGAGGACGAAAGAGGUUCCAAGAGUUCCUUCUGCAGUGACUGAGGACACCGUGCUGACAAGGACGGAUCCUGUCUCUCCUUCCGAGGAAGCUCCUGAGGUGCGGAUGGAGGUUCCCGUCGCUAAGGAGGAUGCUCCAGAGGGGAGAAGGGAGGUUAUUCUCACAAGUGAAGGCACCCAGGAGGCCCCUGUCGGAGUUGCCCCUGCUUCUGAGGGGGUUGGACCCAGUCCUGUUGAUAGCGGGAGUGUCGGAGAGAAGGUUGGGGACAAGCAGGACAUCACCCACCAGUCUCCCGCAAGUGUAGUCGCCAAAAUUAUCAAGGAGCGAAUGUUUGGUGGCGUCAUAGAGGCUUCAGACCCACGCUUGCUUGCUCUUACUAGUCUUCUAGCCAGUUCUACCAGGGAGCAGGCAGCGUUCUGGUCUCGACCUCGGGGGGAGCUGGGAGACACGAUCAGGGAGAUGCUCCUGAUGGUGAUGGGCCUCUUCAUGGAGGUGGACGCUCGUGACCACUCUCUCCAGGAGUCUAUGGAUUGCCGGGUUGAGGAGGCACGUUUGGAGGAAAACCUGUCUGCCACCAGUGAUGCCCGGAGCAAUCUAGCCGCGGCCCAUGAGCAUGCCAAGUCCCUAGAGGCGGAGUUGUCUCACGCUUGGAGGGUUCUUAAAGAAUCUGACGAGAGGGCAACUGCUGCUAAGGUCCGCUGUGAAGAAGUCUUGAAGCAGCUGUCCUCCACGGUGGAUGCCUUUCGUGAAAGGGACGAGGCCCAGCGUCAGUACGAGGCCUUGAAGGCUGAUUUCGAAGGAGCCCAGGCUCGUCUUAACAAGGUGGAGGUCCAGAAGGAGGGAGCGCUAGCUUGGGUUGAGGUUCUUGAGCAGGAGCUGAGUAAGAGUUCUGAUCGCAUUAGAGAUCUGGCCUCAACGGCAGAGGAGUCUAAACUUCAUAAUCAAAAGCUCUGCCAUGAGGUCCAGGCUUUGGAGCACAGAUGCUCAGCCCUGCUCGAGGACGCUAGACUCGUUGAAGAUAGGAUUCAACUGGAGUGUGAGAGGCGUCUGAUGGAGUAUAAAGAGUCCCCCGAGUUGAAGAAAAAGAUCGAGCAGGCCUGUGAAGCUCGCCUCCAGGAUUACAAGAGUUCUUCUGAAUUUAAAGCCAUGGUAGCUGAGGCCUGCGAGGAGCGACUUGCGGAGUUUAAAGCUUCUGGUGAGAUGAAGACAGCCAUAUGGAAUAAAAGCUUCCGCAUGUUCGUCUCUAGGUACAACCGGGGCUUAAGGACAGCCAGAUACGCUCCCUCCACCCCGUUGGCUGAGCUCCGAGCUGCAGAAGAAGACUCUGAUGGCGAGGCGGUGCUUUAUGGGGAGGAUGACAGACCUCUACCCAAAAGAGCUUCUAGCAGUGCAGCUGGGCCUUCUGAGGCAGAACCCGAGCUGGGGAACGACGGUGCUGGGCCUCAAGGGCAGGAGAUCGUGCCUGUAAUACCCGGCUAG